AGCAACUGCCGGCACUGGGGCCAGUACUGGGGAGCUCGCCCUGGACCAAAACCGAGCCGGGGUCGCUGCCAGCGUCAAAGCCCCCACCCCUGCUGCGACCCGGACAGGCUAGGACGUCUCUUGGGGUUCCAAUGUCAGGGACUGGCACGACCUCCCCUGCGCCCAAGGUCUUACUGCCUCCGGACAGCUUCAAGGGCUGGCUGCUCAAAUGGACCAACUACCUGAAAGGCUACCAGCGCCGUUGGUUCGUGCUCAGCAAUGGUCUGCUGUCUUACUACAGAAAUCAGGGUGAAAUGGCCCACACCUGCCGUGGCACCAUCAACCUGUCCACCGCGCAUUUUGACACGGAGGACUCUUGUGGUAUCGUGCUGACCAGUGGGGCAAGGACCUACCACCUCAAGGCCAGCUCGGAGGUGGAGCGGCAGCAGUGGAUCACCGCCCUGGAGCUGGCCAAGGCCAAGGCUGUCCGUCUGAUGAGCAGCCACUCAGAUGACUCUGGGGACGACGACGACGAGACUGCCUCUCCAGCUGACAAGAGCGAGCUACACCGCACCGUCAAGAGCCUCUCCCUGAAGUUGGACGACCUCAGCACGUGCAAUGACCUCAUCGCCAAGCACGGCGCUGCACUCCAGCGCUCUCUGAGUGAGCUGGACGGCCUCAAGAUCCCCUGUGAGAGCAGUGAGAAGCUGAAGGUCGUGAAUGAGCGGGCCACCCUCUUCCGCAUUACCUCAAAUGCUAUGAUCAACGCCUGCAGAGACUUCUUGGAACUAGCAGAGACGCACAGCCGGAAAUGGCAGCGCGCGCUGCAGUAUGAACAGGACCAGCGUGUCCACUUGGAGGAGACCAUCGAGCAGCUAGCCAGGCAGCACAACAGCCUCGAACGGGCCUUCCGCAGCGCCCCCGGCCGCGCCGCCCACCCCACCAAGAGCUUCAGCGAAGGAAGCCUCUUAACUCCCAAAGGAGAGGACAGUGAAGAAGAUGAAGAUACCGAGUACUUCGACGCCAUGGAAGACUCUCCAUCCUUCAUCACCGUGAUCACCGAGGCCAAGGAGGACAGCAGUGUCACCCUCGUGGACCCCUCCAGCUCCCCGCCCACCCCUCCCAUACCUGGAGUCCCCAGGGGCCUGGGCUCCGUCGCCGCCUCCUGGGUGCCCCCACCCCGGCCACCUUCCACACCUCAGCCAAGAGCCCCAGGCCUCUCUGCUGCCACCCGACCAGCAAGCAGAAAAGCGGAGGGUGGGACCACAGGCUCAGUGGACUGGACCUCAUCGGACAAUGUGCUAGAUGGCGCCUCACUUGUGCCCAAGGGCCCCCCCAAAGUCAAGAGGCGUGUCCGCAUCCCCGACAAACCCAACUACAGCCUUAAUCUCUGGAGCAUCAUGAAGAACUGCAUCGGCCGGGAGCUCUCCAAGAUCCCUAUGCCGGUCAACUUUAACGAGCCCCUGUCCAUGCUCCAGCGGCUGACAGAGGACCUGGAGUACCACCACCUGCUGGACAAAGCAGCGCACUGCACCAGCUCGGUGGAGCAGAUGUGCCUGGUGGCCGCCUUCUCCGUGUCCUCCUACUCCACCACCGUGCACCGCAUCGCCAAGCCCUUCAACCCCAUGCUGGGGGAGACCUUUGAGCUGGACCGCCUCGACGACAUGGGCCUGCGCUCCCUCUGCGAGCAGGUGAGCCACCACCCACCAUCAGCUGCGCACUACGUGUUCUCCAAGCACGGCUGGAGCCUCUGGCAGGAGAUCACUAUCUCCAGCAAGUUCCGUGGAAAAUACCUCUCCAUCAUGCCGCUAGGUGCCAUCCACUUAGAAUUCCAGGCCAGUGGGAAUCACUACGUGUGGAGGAAGAGCACCUCGACUGUGCAUAACAUCAUUGUGGGCAAGCUCUGGAUCGACCAGACCGGGGACAUCGAGAUUGUGAACCAUAAGACCCAGGACCGGUGCCAGCUGAAGUUCUUACCCUAUAGCUACUUCUCCAAAGACGUAGCCCGGAAGGUGACAGGAGUGGUGAGCGACAGCCAGGGCAAAGCCCACUACGUGCUGUCAGGCUCAUGGGAUGAACAGAUGGAGUGCGCCAAGAUCGUGCAGAGCAGCCCCAGCAGCCCCAGCUCGGAUGGGAAGCAGAAGACAGUGUACCAGACGCUGCCAGCCAAGCUGCUGUGGAAGAAGUACCCGCUGCCGGAGAACGCUGAGAACAUGUACUACUUCUCGGAGCUGGCCCUGACCCUCAAUGAGCACGAGGAGGGCGUGGCGCCCACGGACAGCCGCCUGCGGCCGGACCAGCUUCUGAUGGAGAAGGGGCACUGGGACGAGGCCAACACGGAGAAGCAGCGGCUGGAGGAGAAGCAGCGCCUGUCGCGGCGCCGGCGUCUGGAGGCCUGCUCGCGGGGCUGUGGCACAGAGGAAGAGAAGGAGGCCGAUGUGUACAUGCCGCUGUGGUUCGAGAAGAGGCUGGACCCACUGACCGGGGAGACGGCCUGCAUGUACAAGGGCGGCUACUGGGAGGCCAAGGAGAGGCAGGACUGGCACAUGUGUCCCAACAUCUUCUGAGCGCCACCCCUCCUGCAAAUACAGGCGGCUGCACAGCCUGGUCCACCUCUUCUUUAACACACUCAAUUUAGUACUCAACGGCCCUUCCCCUCACCUCCUCUCCCCGCCCCCCCCUUUUUUUUAAACACUUUUUUGGGGCUCUCACCUUGGAAGGAGGAAGUGCUGACCUGUAUUCUCUUCAGCUCCCAGGUGCCCCGGGUCACCCGAGCCCUUUCAUCAUGGACUUGGGUCCCACUGGGACCCCAGCUCCCAGUUACCACCACUCAGGCAGGCUAGCCCAGGCCCUGGACUGCCCCAGUCACCAGCCCCACCAGGGAGGCACUGGCCCCUCCUGAGGAGCCACUUUGAACUUUUUUAGAAAAAAACUAUCUCCAUUUCUUUCCAGCCAAGAGGUUUAGUAAAUAUUUUUAGUACAGCACUUAGCAGACAACUUUCUAAGUGUGCUUUCUUGCCAUAAACGUGUAUUGGCAAGAGCCCCUUUUUAAGACAUCGGGAAGCCAGACCCCUUUGAGCAGGGAGCAUUUUGUCGCUCAACAUAGCAGGGCCACAUUUGUUUUGGAGCUGCGCAGUCAUCCUGAGCACAGGAUUCCACGGGAAGUGGAGGGGCCACCUGGCCCAGGAGAGCACAAGUCAGUUGUCUCUGGAGCUACAGCCGCACCCACUGUGGGGAAGGGGGCACCAAGUGGCCCCCAUGUAGAUUUGAGGGCAACAGCCCCUUGCCUACCUUUGGCCAUGCUGGGGAGCAGGGCCUGCAGGUGCUCCCCACCCCAGAACCAGGCCCCAAAUCAGCAAUAAGAACAAACACUCGGCUCAGCCUGGGCUGGUGCCCCCAGGCACCAGAGACCCAGUGUCCCACCUAGGCCUCAGGCACCUCCGGGGUGCCCAUCUCCACACCCCCUGAACUCUUUAUUUGCCUGAUUUAUAUAUAUAUAUGAUAUAUAAAUAUAUAAAAAUAGCUAUUUUGCUUAAAUUUCUAUGGUAUGUGGAAGUUAAAAAAUGAUGAAGACAGGGCACUUCUGUCUGAGUUUAGCCCUCCUGUCAGCUGUGCCCCACCCUCUCCUCGGACCCCCUUCCAAAGGCUUCUGCCAAUGGUGGGGGGACUGGGCCACCGUGGCCACUAGCCCGGCCCCUCAGAACCCCCACUCCAACCCCUCCCACUUAAGUUUGGCCCACUUAGGUGGCCUCUUCAUCGCAGGGUUUUUUUCUGUAUACUCCAGGACUGGUUUUGUUUUUAUAAAAAAAACAAAAGUGAAAACACCAACGUAUGAAAUGCCUUAGGGUGCCCACUCGAGAGGCAGGGCAGGCAGGGUGGGCUGGGUAGCCCCAACAGGCCUGCAGCAGAGCUGUGCAAUGUACCUCUUCUCAACACUGUUUGUGAGGGAGCACCUUCUGACCGGUAAUAAAAACCUUGGAUUUGGAGUUUUCCAAGGCCCUAUCCCUGAGUGUGUCUGUGACUGGGUGGACCAGGGCUGAUGCAGGGCAGGUGAUGGUCUAUAAGGCAGCAUGGGGGUGGAGCCUGGAACGUUCUUCUCCUCUGCACUGAGGAUAGCAAUGGAAAACUGGUAUAAAUGGGGAGGAGAAAGUAGGGGGUGGAAGACCUGUUAUGACAGGGUCCGGGCCAGGAAGGCUGCAGAGGGCAGAAACAGAACCUAGGGGAGGGCUCACAGCUUUGCCUGGGGCUGUCUGGGGCCAAGCCAAGGCACCCAUCCAGCUCUUCUCUUCAGGGAAACCCACCCUGGUGAGUUCCAAGGUUACUCGAUAACCAUGACCUGGAAGGCUUCUGUUGUCCCAGGUUGCUAAGCAACUCAGAUCACUAGCUCCCAGGACUGGUCUAGAGCGUCUUGGUCUGCCCACUAUGGGGGGCCUCCCACUGCCAGUGCUUCCAGGUGAGAGGAUGGGGUGGGGCAGGGCACCACAAGAGUGUCAGAGCCAGGCUCCAAUCACCUGCCCUGAAGCUGGGGAAUCCAAGGCUGGCCCUACACAACUCCUUCCUUACCAGGGCCUUGCUUUCCCACCUGUGGGGAGGCAGGCACUGAUUUGUCCUGCAGCUCUCACUGGCUAGAAGGUGCAAGGCAGGUGGGGCAACCCCAGCAUAAACCUAACCCCCCCAGGGGGAGGGGGCAGUAGAAGGGGGUCUGCCAAGGGAGAUGAUGGGCUACAUGGGCGAAGCCCAGAGGUGACAAAAGCCAGUCCACUGAGACAAAGUGAGGGAAGAGCCUGGAGUGGAGCCAGUCAGAGCUCAAACAGGGAGUGAUACCAGGUUGACGUUCUAGAACCCACUCUAACCAGAUCACAGAAGAUCAGCCUACACUCAGUAUCACUGAGUAGAAAAGGUCAUAGAAAAAAAAGAUUCUGCUACAUAGGCCAUAAGAGGCCUCAAAGUACAUCUGACAAAAAGAUGCAAAAGACCUUUACAAAUACAACUUUAAAAUUUUACUGAAUGAUAAAGAAGACCUGAGUUAAAAGAAAAAACACCAUCUUCACAGAUGGCCAGCUCAGUUAUGUGGGUUCUUCCCAAAUCUACAAAUCCAACAUGAUCCAAAUCAAAAUCCUAGGAAUAUUUUUUAAACACUUAACAAGUGCAAGUUCCCUUAUCCCCAGGGCUGGGGCUCAGCAUGAAGUGGGUAAAGUACACCAGAUAGAAAAAUGUCAAAGUGUAGCACAGAGACACCGCCAAUGCAGUUCUUAUUCUUAUGAAGCUGGCAACAUAACUUCAACAACAAAAUCUGGUAAAGACAGCACAGAAAAUAUGAGAAAUAUGUAUUUCAACCUCACUUUAUAAGAAGAGAAUUUGAGGGGUGCCUGGGUGGCUCAGUUG